AUGUUGAGUGUCAAAGAAUGUUUACCAUGUCAUAAACUCAUGGUCUUGGCCUUUCUUGAAGACUAUGAUCAAGUCACAAAGCAACAAUCAAUUGACUUAUUAGACAAAAUUUUAACAGGCAGAUCAAAUUAUAAUGUGAUGAAUGAAUAUAUGUCCAGUGAAAAUAACUUGAAAAGCAUGAUUAAUCUCUUGAAAGAUAAGUCUAAAUAUAUCCAAUUCAACCAUUUCAUGUCUUCGAGUUUGUUGACCCAUCAUUUACCAAGAUAUACACAAGCAUGUAGGAGAUUAUUGGCAGAAUGUAAAACAACUCUCAAGUUAGUAGGAGAUGAAUUAGCUUCACUUGAUGCAUUUGAAUUUGCAUACACCGGCAAUCUCUCAAAAGAUAAAUCUAAAAACAUUUAA